AUGGGCUCGCAUCGCUUUGAGAUCACGCUUCCCGAACCCACACCCGCUCCAGUCCAGGACGUGAAAAUGAACACCGCCGUUCAGCCAGUCCGUCCAGCGACGCCCAUGCCCCGAUUACCACGCUCGCAACUGCAGGCCAACACCUUUACGCCACUGCAGAGCUACGCAGCAUACGCGAGCGUGGCCGAGUGCCGCGAAUACCGCGCGUCCUUACGCGCGAUGCCAGCUGGAGGGAAGCGCCGUACACCGAGCUACGCCCAAAUGGCACACAUCCCCGGUUUCCGGGUCUGA